GAGCGGACCCUGAACGCCCCAUUUUGUAGCGUGGCGAGGGCGGACCGUGUGACGUCACCCGGAGCUCUGGCUGUUUAUUGUUCCUUCCUGAGCGCCGACAGGGAAAAAAUCCGGCUAACGAGCUGUCAGCCGCUAUUUCCACCAGGUUCACGCGCUGUUUUGCAAAGGUGUAACGGUUGAAACGGCUACCUGCACCAACCAGGGACCAUGGCGUACGCGUACCUCUUCAAAUACAUCAUCAUCGGUGACACGGACAAGAGGUUCCAGCCAGUUCACGACCUCACCAUUGGUGUGGAGUUUGGAGCAAGAAUGAUCACUAUAGAUGGCAAACAGAUCAAAUUGCAGAUCUGGGAUACGGCUGGCCAGGAGUCUUUCCGCUCCAUCACCAGGUCUUACUACAGAGGGGCGGCGGGGGCCCUGCUAGUCUAUGACAUCACAAGAAGGGACACCUUCAACCACUUGACGACUUGGUUAGAGGACGCCCGUCAGCAUUCCAACUCCAAUAUGGUCAUUAUGCUCAUCGGUAACAAGAGUGAUCUAGAGUCGAGGAGAGAGGUGAAGAAAGAGGAAGGAGAAGCGUUUGCUAGAGAACACGGCCUCGUAUUCAUGGAGACUUCAGCCAAGACCGCCACCAACGUAGAGGAGGCUUUCAUCAACACAGCCAAGGACAUCUAUGAGAAGAUCCAGGAGGGAGUGUUUGAUAUCAACAACGAGGCCAACGGCAUAAAGAUCGGCCCCCAGCACCCCACCACCAACUCCACGCUGUCCAGUAGCCAGGGGGGGCACCAGGCCGGAGGGGGCUGCUGCUGA